GCAUUAACUCCGUAAUCCCGUGGUUCUUUUUGAAGGAACAUGAUCACUGGUCUUACUAUUGCUGCAGUCAACCCGGCUAACCCGUCAGACUUCUAGCUCGAGGGUCAAGUACCAUAAAGUGAGUAAACCCUGUAUUCCGCAUCGAAUUAUUUCCAAGGUACUCGUGGUGAGCAAUACGUUGGAAUUUCCGGUGAAAUGAUGACGACGCCCCAGGCAGUAAGAGCGUAGAGAGCUCCUUAAAGCCAUACCUAUUCCCUUAUCCUGAUUGCCGUCGAAUCCGUGGAAUAAACGCUUAGCCGAUGCAACUGUACGGGUGUAAUGCAUGCUUAAGGGUGACUCUUCAGUGCCGCUUCGAAAACUACUGGCACGUCGACAAUGCACAAAAUAUAGCUAUAAAGACUAGUACUGCCGUGCCCAAAUAGUCCUGAAAGAGGUAGCUGUAUAAAUAUAGUCGCAAUCCCCCCGUUAAAAGCUGUAUUGUAGCCAGCUAUCCUAGCGUUCGAUAAACAUUAGCAACUAAAAAAAAAAUCACAAACCAUGGCUCCCGUAACCGAAAUCGUCCUCCACACCCUCAAGCCAGACGCAGACGUGGAGUCCUUCUACAGCGCCUUCUCCAUCAUAAAAGAGAAAUCCUCCGCUCGGGCCAUACGCGCUUCCACCGUCCACGAGCACCCCGAGCAGGUCGGCAUCUUCAUGGACUGGGACAGCGCCGAGGCGCACCACGCCUUCCGGACCCGCGAAGCGGCAUCCUACAACGCCUUCCUCGACGCCGCCAGGCCGCACUGCGCCAAGCUCCCCCCUCUCCUGUUCCACGCCCAGCUGGCGCCGUUUCCGCCUGCCGUGCUGGAUAACGCCGGCGGGAAGGGCAGGACGCCCGUUGCCCAGGUGCUCUUCAUGUACUUCGCGCCCGACGCCGACGCCGACGGGGCCGAGACGCUUGCCCGUGCGCAGAACUUCGUGGCGAAGCUGGUUGGAGGGGAAUUCGCGGGCUUGACGGGCGAGUCUUCGCUCGGCUGGUCGGUCGAGAGGGACGUUGACUACAAGGGCGAGAAGGCCCGCGUGCUGGUCGUUAUCCUGGGAUGGGAGAGCGUUCAAGCCCACUUAGAGGUGCGCGAAACCGAUGCCUGGAAAGAUGCGGUUGGCGAGUUCCGGGGCGCCGUGGAGGGGUUCAAGGGGUAUGAGGCCUUCCAUGUUACUACCAAAGAUCUAUGAUGCAGAUUGCUUAGUUAAAAUGUAGAAGGCUUGAGGGUUUUGCGUUAAUACAUCAGAAUACUGUAUUUAUAAUGUUGGCAAGG